GCGGGGCAGCCACGGCGCCGGAGAGGGGGAGGCGCCGCGAAAUUAAAGCGUCUUCCAAAUCGGCGUCGGCCGUCGACGUCGGAGUGGCGUCGGCGCCGGCCGAGCGCCCCUCCCCCUCCCCGCCCCUCUUUUGAGGGCGGCGCGCCCAUUUUUGGAGCGGCCUGCCGGGCCCGCCCGGGCCUUCUCCGGUGUUGAGCAGUGCGCCCCAAGACGCUGCGUCGGCCGCCACUCGCUUGUUCGUCCGCCCCGGCACCGCCGCUGCUCUGUGUGGACUAAUUUUUCCCGUGAGCAGAGAAGAAAAGAACAGCCGCCACCAUGGACGCGAUCAAGAAGAAGAUGCAGGCGAUGAAGCUGGAGAAGGACAAUGCCAUGGACAAGGCAGACACCUGCGAGCAGCAGGCUAAGGACGCCAACGCUCGCGCAGACAAGGUGAAUGAGGAGGUGCAGGAGCUGAAGAAGAAGCUGACCCAGGUUGAGGAGGACCUGGUGAACACCAAGAACAAGCUGGAGCAGGCCAACAAGGACCUCGAGGAGAAGGAGAAGACACUGCAGAACGCGGAGAGCGAGAUGGCUGCUCUGAACAGGAAGCUGCAGCUUAUUGAGGAGGACCUCGAGAGGUCUGAGGAGCGACUCGCCACCGCCUCCACCAAGCUGGCCGAGGCAUCAGAGGCCGCUGAGGAGUCCAAGCGAAUGUGCAAAGUGCUGGAGAACCGCAGCUUGCAGGACGAGGAGCGCAUGGACCAGCUGACCAACCAGCUGAAGGAGGCCCGACUGCUCGCUGAGGACGCCGACGGAAAGUCCGACGAGGUGUCACGCAAGCUGGCCUUCGUUGAAGACGAGCUGGAAGUGGCUGAGGACCGAGUCAAGUCCGGAGAUGCCAAGAUCAUGGAGCUUGAGGAAGAGUUGAAGGUCGUCGGUAACAGCUUGAAAUCUCUGGAAGUAUCAGAGGAGAAGGCCAACCAGCGAGUAGAGGAGUACAAGAAGCAGAUCAAGACCCUGACUGUCAAGCUAAAAGAGGCGGAGGCCAGAGCCGAGUUCGCCGAGAAGACGGUGAAGAAGCUGCAGAAGGAAGUGGACAGGCUGGAAGACGAGCUGGGCAUCAACAAGGACAGAUACAAGUCGCUGGCCGACGAGAUGGACUCCACUUUCGCCGAGCUGGCCGGCUACUAGAGGACUGCCACCCGCUUCUGACGUCACUGCUGCCACCGACACCAGCGCCAUCAUCUCGCAGGCUGCCGCAUCUCCUCCGACAUCCACCAAAGGCAGCAAGAGUCCUGCAACAACGACCAACUGGCAAAUGGCACUGCCACUCACAACAAUGCUUUUCAUGUGUUUUCUCUCUUCCUUUCUUCUCGCUUCUCUCUUUCUCCUACGUUCGUUCUCUAAUUUAGCUGUAAAAUCGCUCAGCAGGUACUGUCUCUUUCUAUCGUUCUCUCUCUGUCUUUCUCCACUUCGGCUUGCUUUAAAAUCGAUUGAUACGGGAAAAGAAACUUACAGGCAAUCGUCCACUCAUUCUGACGUCCAUGGGGCUCUUACGGGAGGCGCAUUCUCAAAACUAAGUGCGCCGAAUGAUGUUUCACACUUUUCAUCACAUAUCACGAUUUUCUACGAUGAAGCCUGCAUAAAAUUAGACGCGUGUAAACAUCACAUUCAACAUAUCAUAUGACUAUUAUGUUUUCUGUAUCUUCUUUAACUUUUGUUGUAAGAAGUUAACUGGACAAUAUUCGAGACCAGUUCUGAUAUGGAGUAACAUAUUGACAAUGUUGAGAGUACUUGUGUUUUAAAUAUAGAGCAGAUAUGUCAACUAAAAGCUCAAUAAAUGUAAAUUUUAGUUCUUUAAUUAAAUUAUUGAACUAAACCAGAAGUUUAGUGUCCACUUUAUUUUUCGAAUAAAAUAACUGUGACGUUCAACGAG